AUGCAAACUGUCUCUCUGUUGUCUUUCGUUUCUGUGGUCAUCGUUUUGGCAACAAGCUACUGCGAUGCUUUCACCAGAAAUGACUUCCCUGAGCAUUUCCUCUUCGGAGCUGCUACUUCUGCUUAUCAGUGGGAAGGAGCUGCUGACGAAGAUGGUAGGACUCCUAGCGUUUGGGAUACUUUUUCCCACUCUGAUGAGAGAGGUAAUGGAGAUAUAGCAUGUGAUGGCUAUCACAAAUAUAAGGAAGAUGUUAAGCUGAUGGCAGAAAUGGGUUUAGAAGCAUUCAGAUUUUCUAUCUCAUGGACAAGGCUCAUACCUAAUGGAAGAGGACCCCUUAACCCAAAAGGUUUAACAUUUUACAAGAACCUCAUCAAAGAACUACGAGGCCAUGGAAUCGAACCACACGUUACACUUUACCACUAUGAUCUUCCUCAGGUUCUUGAAGAUGAGUACGGAGGAUGGAUCGACCGCAAAAUCAUAAAAGACUUCACUGCUUUUGCAGAUGUAUGCUUCAGGGAGUUUGGGGAUGAUGUGAAGUUAUGGACUACAAUCAAUGAAGCUAACAUAUUCGCCAUUGGUGCUUAUAGCGAAGGAAUCUUGCCGCCUGGACAUUGUUCUACUAACAAAUUGGUCAAUUGCUCCAUUGGAAAUUCUUCUACUGAACCAUACAUUGCUGGCCAUAAUUUAUUGCUAGCUCAUGCUUCUGCUUCAAAAUUGUAUAGACUAAAGUACAAGAGUAAGCAAAGAGGAUCCAUAGGCUUUAGCAUAUAUGCUUAUGGGUUAUCUCCUUAUACUAACUCCGAGGACGAUGGAAUCGCAACUGAGAGAGCUAAAGAUUUCUUCUCUGGCUGGAUGUUGAAGCCAUUGGUAUUUGGGGACUAUCCGGAAGUAAUGAAGAGAAUCUUGGGAUCCAGGUUACCAGUUUUCUCAGAGGAAGAAUCAAAGCAAGUUAAAGGAUCAUCUGACUUUGUAGGAAUAAUCCACUACACUACAAUCUAUAUCACAAACAGUAAACCCACACCUUCUCUUCUUCCAAGCAACAGAGACUUCUUCACUGACAUGGGCGUAGAGACAAUCUUCAUUGGGAAUUCUUCAUUCUUUACAUUUGAUACUAUUCCAUGGGGUUUUGAGAGUGUCUUGGAGUAUCUGAAACAGAGCUAUAACAAUCCUCCAAUCUACAUUCUUGAAAACGGAUUACCGUUGAAACACGAUUCGACGCUGCAAGACUCAGAAAGAGUUGAAUACACACAAGGCUACAUUGGUGCUAUGCUUAACGCCAUCAAGAAUGGAUCGGACACGAGAGGGUACUUUUUAUGGUCAGUGAUUGAUUUGUACGAGUUAUUAGCUGGAUACAAGAGCAGCUUUGGAUUGUACUAUGUGAAUUUCAGCGAUCCUGGUCUCAAGAGGUCUCCAAAGCUCUCUGCUUCUUGGUACACAGGUUUUCUCAAUGGUACAAUCCAUGUUGAUCCUCCAAAGCUCUCUGCUUCUUCUUGA